AUGUUUAAUGUUAAACGGACCACUCUGUACAUAAUUCAAAAUCGACGACGAACACAACGUCCUUUUCACGGUAACGAAAAUUCCAUUUCUCGCUAGCCGAUCUCUGAAUUUCUGAACUUUUGCCGAAGAAAAAUCUCGACAAUCAAUUCGAAAGCUUAUUUCCUGAAGAUCACUGUGUAAUUUCACACCCAGAUACUCGGAACGAGCGGUACACGAGCUGAUGGUACUGGCAAAGGACCGCGGGGCCUUAUUCCGCAGCGGAGGCGGCAGCAGCCGAGCCAGCACGGCCAAAGUGACCAUCAGAGUUCGCCAAGUGAACCUGCACUCGCCGGAAAUCUACGUGCACCAUCUGCCGGACAUCGUGGAGCACUCGAACGCGGACAUAUACGCGAUCGUUCGCGUGAUCGACAACGACGAAGGCGUUCACGGACAGAUCGCGAGUCUGGAUAUCGUCGGUGGCGACCCGGCCGGCCACUUCAGGGUGCGACCAGCCGGCGGGCCGCACUCGGGCGAGUACAAUAUCGAGGUGUUGCACUUGCUGGACCGCGAGACCGCGGUUCAGGGUUACAAUCUGACGUUGCGCGCGAUGGACCGUGGCGUGCCGCAACGUUACAGCUAUAAGUUCGUGCCGGUGCAUCUGGCGGACCUGAACGACAACGCGCCAGUGUUCAGCCGCGAGAUCUACGAGGUGAAGGUGCCGGAGACGGCGCCGAUCAACACGCCGGUGAUCCGGCUGAAAGUGACGGACGCGGACGAGGGGAAGAACGCGCUGGUGUUCCUGGAGAUCGUGGGCGGCAACGAGGGCGGCGAGUUCUACGUGAACGCGGAGACGGGGAUGCUGUACACGGCGGUGAACCUAGACGCGGAGAAGAAGGCGUUCUACACGCUGACGGUGUCCGCGGUUGAUCAGGGGAACGCCGGGACGAGGAAGCAGUCGUCGGCCAAGGUGAAGAUCAACGUGGUCGACACGAACGACAAUGACCCGACGUUCGAGCAGUCGGAGAUGGAGGUGUGGAUCGACGAGAACGAGCCGGCCGGCACCUCGGUCGUGAAGAUCACCGCGAAGGACCGCGACUCCGGCGAGAACGCCUACAUCUCGUACAGCAUCGACAACAUCCAGAAGGUGCCGUUCGAGAUCGACCAUUUCUCCGGGAUCGUGAAGACGAAGCAGGUGCUCGACUACGAGACCAUGAAGAGGGAGUACUUGUUGCACGUGCGGGUGAGCGACUGGGGCCUGCCUUACCGGCGACAGGCAGAGAUGCAGCUACAUGUGAGGCUGCGCGACGUGAACGACAACAGGCCGCAGUUCGAGCGGAUCGAUUGCACCGGCCACGUGCCCCGUUACGUGCCCAUCGGCUCCGAGAUCAUCACCGUCUCCGCCAUCGACUUCGACGCCGGCAACAUCAUCAGUUAUCGUAUCGUUUCCGGCAACGAGGACGGCUGCUUCGCCCUGGACUCGGCCAGCGGCGUGCUCUCCGUCGCGUGCGACCUCGCCGACGUGAAGGUGACCGAGCGCGUGAUCAACGUCACGGCCACCGACGGCUCCCACUUCGCCGACGUGAAUCCCGUGCACAUGCACUUGGUGAACGCGAAGCGGAACCUGGGCUCGCAGGCGCGAAUCCUGUCGGAUCAGAGCGGCGCGUUCGAGUGCCGCGACACCGGGGUCGCUCGCAGGCUGACCGAGGCGAUCGCCGCCGCCGAGAGGAACAACAUGCCCUCCAAGGACGACGAGUACGCUCUAACGCCGAGCCGGUACGGCGAGAACGUCCAUGCGCCGGAAUUCCUCGACUUUCCCAGCGAGAUCAAAGUGAACGAGUCCGCGAAGAUCGGGACGACCCUGGUGAGGAUACGCGCCAGAGACAGAGACCUGGACUACAACGGCAAGUUGGUGUUUUGCAUAUCGAGCGGCGAUCGCGACUCGGUGUUCGGCAUCGACCCGGACACCGGCGACUUGAACGUCAUUGGUUACCUGGACAGGGAGCGCGAGAGCGAGUACUUUCUCAACGUGAGCGUGUACGACUUGGGCAAGCCGCAGAAGUCCGCGUCGAAGAUGCUGCCGGUGACGAUCCUCGACGUGAACGACAACGCGCCGCGAUUCGAGAAGUCGCUGGCGAGCUUCAGAAUCUCGGAGACCGCGCUCAACGGGACGAACGUGUGGCGAGCGAACGCCACCGACGCGGACCUCGGCGAGAACGCGCGCGUCACUUACUCCCUGGUGACCGAGACGAACGAUUUCCGGGUGGACCCGGUGACCGGCGUGCUGACCGUUUUCGGCAGACUGGACAGGGAACGGCAGGAGAUCUACGAGCUGAGAAUACGAGCGCAGGAUCACGGCGGCAAGGGGACCGCCGACUCGCCGCCGUUGUACUCGGAUGCUUUGGUCCGGGUGACAGUGGACGACGUGAACGACAACGCGCCGAGCUUCGCUCUGUCCACCUACACGGUGAAGAUCCGAGAGGACGUGCCGGUAUGGACUGUGGUGGCGGUGGUGGACGCGACCGACCCGGACGAGGCGUCCGGUGGCGAUAUCGAGUACUUUCUGUCCGACGCCAUGGAGAGCGAGGGUUACUUCAAGGUGGACAAAGUGUCCGGCACGAUCAGAACGACGCAGAGCUUGGACUUCGAGGAGCGCCAGGUGCACACUUUGACGAUCGUGGCCAGGGACAGGGGCGAGCCGUCCUUGUCCUCCGAGACGAUGGUCAUCAUAGAGGUGGUCGACGUGAACGAGAAUCUGCACGCGCCGUUGUUCGACGAUUUCGUCGUGUCCGCGAGUGUGUUUGAGAAUCAACCCGUUGGCACUCUAGUGACCACUGUGCGCGCCAGAGACGCGGAUCCGCUAGGGGGCGAUUCCAGGAUUGGAUACACCAUCAGAGGUGGCGACGGUAUUGGAAUCUUCUCCAUCGACAACGAAGGUGAGUACACCUUUUUCUCUCUCUCUCUCUCUUUCUCUCUAUUAAUUUAUACAGGACGUCUCCUGAAAUUUGUGUAG